AUGCCGUGGAGGAAGGCCAGCGUGCACUUUAACCUGGCAAUAUUUGGCUUCCAUUUGUCCCAUCGUGAUAAGGAUGGGCAGUGCUUCCUUGUAUGGAUACUGCCGUAUGGCUGUUUAGCCACUGGAGAUCACUCUGGCCUUAUUGAGGCUGUUUCUAGCUCAGAAACAAUUGCUGACAUUCAGUUAAAUAGUAGCAACGUUGCUGCUGCUGCUGCCUUCAACAAAGAUGCUCUCUUAAACUGGCUGAAGGAAUACAAUUUAGGAGAUGACUUGGAUCGAGCCAUUGAAGAAUUUACUCUGUCUUGUGCUGGCUACUGUGUAGCUACUUACGUGCUGGGGAUUGGUGACAGACACAGUGACAAUAUCAUGGUCAGAAAAAACGGUCAGCUCUUUCAUAUAGAUUUUGGGCAUAUUCUUGGAAACUUCAAGUCCAAGUUUGGAAUUAAAAGGGAACGGGUACCUUUCAUACUCACUUAUGAUUUCAUUCAUGUUAUUCAGCAAGGAAAAACAGGGAACACUGAAAAAUUUGGUCGGUUCCGCCAGUAUUGUGAAGAGGCGUACUUGAUUCUGCGGAAACAUGGAAACCUAUUUAUUACACUCUUUGCACUGAUGUUAACUGCAGGGCUGCCAGAACUAACCUCUGUCAAGGACAUCCAGUAUCUCAAGGACUCCCUCGCCUUAGGGAAGAGUGAGGAGGAAGCACUAAAGCAGUUUAAGCAGAAGUUUGAUGAGGCACUCCGGGAAAGUUGGACUACUAAAGUGAACUGGAUGGCGCACACUGUGCGAAAAGAUUACAGAUCCUAGAAGAUUUCUGCGUUUGCACUAAGCUGAAUGUUACCUUGAUAAGUGUUUUCACGGGGCAUCUGUAGCGUGGACCAACAAAACUCAUGUUACAUAAGAAAGGAAACAGAACAACGAGAAAUGGGCUGAAAUAAUUCCUCAGUCUUUUGCACUCUGCUUCUGAAUGCUUGAUUCCAAGACUGUCUCCACAAGUAGUGAACAUCCUGGAUAAUCAGUUCCUGCUGACACGCUGAGAGCUACUAGGCAUUUUUAAAAACUCUUUGGUACUUUAUGGAGGUGUAAAUAUUUGGUUUUAUACGUUAGGGUAAUGUACAUUUGUGGGAGGUUUGAAGGCCUCUGACAGAACUGUUCUUUGUUUAAAGUUGGGACUUGAAGAGUUCUUUUUUUAUAUAUAUCCUAAUCUGGCUAAAAAUGACCUUAUUGUGUAUAUUUUUCAUAUGAACUCUGCCCUUCUGGCACAGAUGCAUUAAUUCUACUGUAAAUAGCAGCCACGGUAUCACUGCACUGCGGGGAGCUGCUUCGUGUCUCGUACUGCUG